AUGUCCCUGUCUUUGUUAGCAUCCAAAGAAUCGACAGCCGCGUCUGUUUAUUAUAUAACUAUUUAUCCCAAACUUUUCAUUAUCUAUCUAUCUAUCUAUCUAUCUAUCUAUCUAUCUAUCUAUCUAUCUAUCUAUCUAUCUGAAUCUGUUCAUUAUCUAUCUAUCUAUCUAUCUAUCUAUCUAUCUAUCUAUCUAUCUAUCUAUCUAUCUAUCUAUCUGAAUCUUCUUCUAUCUAUCUAUCUAUCUAUCUAUCUAUCUAUCUAUCUAUCUAUCUAUCUAUUAUCUUCGCUCACAAAAACAGAACAGCAAGCGAGCGAGAAUUUCUAUUAUCGGCGAUGCAGGCAUAAUUUGCUGUCAUUUCUUUCGUUGUUUUUUCUUGCUUUCCCAUUUGACUCGUAUUUAUUCAUCUAUCUAUCUAUCUAUCUAUCUAUCUAUCUAUCUAUCUAUCUAUCUAUCUAUCUUCAUGCCAGUCAAGCAAUCUAUCUAUCUAUCUAUCUACCUAGCUUCAUGACACACAUGUAUAUAUGUUCGUACCUAUGUAUGUAUCUAUCUAUCUAUCUAUCUAUCUAUCUAUCUAUCUAUCUCAUUUUAUUCUGCCUUUCUGUUCUCCGUUUAUCUAUCUAUCUAUCUAUCUAUCUAUCUAUCUAUCUAUCUAUUAAAUUCUGUUCAUCAUCUAUAUUUUUAUGCCUGUCUGUUCAAUAUCUAUCUAUCUAUCUAUCUAUCUAUCUAUCUAUCUAUCUAUCUAUCUAUCUAUCUAUCUAUCUAAGUCUGUUUAUUAUCUAUCUAUCUAUCUAUCUAUCUAUCUAUCUAUCUAUCUAUCUAUUUAAUUCUGUUUUUCUAUGUAUGUAUGUAUGUUUGUAUCUAUCUAUCUAUCUAUCUCUCUGA